AUGGCUGAUGUCUUGUGCUCCGAGCAGUUCGGCUCUGGGGCGGCCCGGGGCUGCCGCGCUGCCCCCGACGGGAGCCUGCAGUGGGAGGCCUGGGGGCGCAGCUGGUGGGGGUUUUCCGGGGCCUUCACAGCGAAACCCGGAGGUCGAGAUGGGGGCGGGGGGGUGGCUCCCGGGACUGCCACCCCACCUCUCUCCCGGCUGUUGGCCGUGUUCCUGCCUCAGGGCUUCCCCGAUAGCGUCAGCCCGGACUACCUGCCCUACCAGCUGUGGGAUUCCGUGCAGGCCUUUGCUUCCAGCCUCUCGGGCUCCCUGGCCACCCACGCAGUCUUGCUGGGCAUAGGCGUAGGGGACGCAAAAGCCUCUGUUUCAGCAGCCACGGCCACCUGGCUCGUGAAAGAUUCAACUGGCAUGCUGGGCCGCAUCAUCUUUGCCUGGUGGAUGGGGAGCAAAAUGGACUGUAAUGCCAAGCAGUGGAGGCUUUUUGCUGACGUCCUCAACGACAUCGCCAUGUUCCUCGAGAUAAUGGCUCCCAUCUUGCCUUUCUGUUUCACCAUAACCGUCUGCAUCAGCAACCUGGCCAAGUGCCUCGUGGGUGUGGCUGGCGGGGCCACUCGGGCUGCACUGACCAUGCAUCAGGCCCGGAGAAACAACAUGGCCGACGUGUCAGCCAAGGACGGCAGCCAGGAGACGCUGGUAAACCUGGCAGGGCUCCUGGUCAGCCUCUUGAUGCUGCCCCUGGUGUCCGAUAGCCCCAGCUUAAGCCUCGGCUGUUUCUUCUUCCUCACUGCCCUCCACAUCUACGCCAACUACCGAGCCGUCCGGGCCCUUGUCAUAGAGACCUUGAAUGAACAGCGGCUCUGGCUGGUCCUGAGGCACUUCCUCCAGCAGGGAGAGGUACUUGGCCCCACAUCAGCCAAUCGGAUGGAGCCACUGUGGACAGGUUUCUGGUCAUCUGUGUCUCUAUCCUUGGGGGCCCCCCUACACUGUGUGAUGUCCAGUGUCUCUGAGCUGCAGCAGCUGCUUGAGGGGCACCGAGAACCCUACCUCCUUCGCUGGGACCAGUCACGAAACCAGGUACAGGUUGUCCUGAGUCAGAUGGCAGGACCUGAGGCCAUUCUAAAGGCUGCCACUCACGGGCUGGUGCUUGGAGCCCUGCGGGGAGAUGGACCCCUCCCAGGAGAGCUGGAGGAAUUGAGGAACCGAGUACGGGCAGGUCCUGAGAAAGAGAGCUGGAUCGUUGUCAGGGAGACACACCAAGUGCUGGACAAGCUCUUCCCAAAGUUCUUGAAAGGUCUACAGGAUGCGGGCUGGAGCACUGAGAAGCACCAGCUAGAGGUGGAUGAGUGGAGGGCCACGUGGCUUCUGUGCCCAGAAAAGAAGGUCUUGUGA